UUGACUGCCAAACAUGUGACGUCAUUAACUAGCGUUGGCGUCCAGUCUACCGUGAAUCAACGCUUCCAGUUUCUCUCGUUCUUCCUUAGAAAUCCAGUUAGUGUAAACAGCCAGCAGACAAACCUGAUCCGUCCCUCUCUCCUACAAGGUCAAGAUGUCCCUCUCUGGCUGGGUGUGUGUGGUCACUGGUGCCUCCAGGGGAAUCGGCAGGGGAAUAGCGCUCCAGCUUUCAGAGGCCGGAGCUACCAUUUACAUCACAGGACGGCAAGAGAAGACCCUGAAACAAACUGCUGCAGAGGUGACUGAGAGAGGUGGAAAGUGUAUUCCAGUGAUCUGUGAUUCCACCAAGGAUGAAGACAUUAAGGCCCUUUUUGAAAGGAUCCAACAAGAGCAGGAUGGCAGACUGGACAUCUUGGUGAACAAUGCCUAUGCUGGAGUUAAGGAUAUCUUUGAUAACAUGGGGAAGAAGUUCUGGGAAACGGAUCCAUCUAUCUGGGAUUCUAUCAACAACACAGGCCUGAGGGGGCACUACUUUUUCUCCGUUUAUGGGUCCCGCUUAAUGGUGGCUCAAGGUCGGGGUUUAAUAGUGACCAUUUCCUCUAUGGGUGGGCUGCGCUACUUCUUCAAUGUGCCAUACGGGGUUGGUAAAGCAGCUUGUGACAGGCUGGCAGCCGACAUGGCGGUUGAGCUGAAGAGCCGGGGAGUGACUUCCAUCAGCCUGUGGCCGGGACCGGUACAAACAGAGCUUGUGUCACAGUUGGUAAUCCAGAAGGAUGCAACACAGGGUUUGGACUCCAAGUUUAAGGACGUAUUUUCCAACGGGGAAACCACAGAACUAAGCGGAAAGUGCAUUGUCAGCCUUGCUAAUGGUAAACAAUGAAAUUAAUUCUACCUUCAAAAAUGUAUUCUAAUGAAGUAAGCUCUUACCAUUAAAUAUGAUUUUUUUUUUUUUUUUCCAGGGCGGGAUGUACUGGAUUUCACUUCCCUUAAAUUCCUCCUGAGCCAGGUCCCGUACCUCUCCUGGCUCUCAGCAGUCGUCCCGUCAUUUCUUCACCUGCCUCGCUUUGUGCUCACGCUGGCUAACGGUCGCUUCUAAAAGUUCCCCUCCAUCAAUCCCCAAACCACUAUUCUAUAAACCAGUUAUACUAUCCUAACCAUUGCUAAUUAACUAAAUGAAUAAGCUCUUGACUGUUUUAUGAAGAUGGGACUUUUAGAUUAUCAUACAGAAGGGGAGACGCAAUAAAGAAGGUCCACAUGAAGAAUGUUUUAACAUGUACACUAAUAUCAGCCAAAACUAACCCCUCAGUGUGUGUUGUAACAUCAGUGUGAUAUUUUCUAUGAAGCUGUGCAGCUUAAGAAAAAAAAAUAAUUGAAAACUAAUUUUGCACUAACUUUUGCAUUUAUUCUAUUAAAUUUGUAAUAAAUUAAAGCAGGAACUAAAGUUCCUGAAUGUCAGUUAUGAAGUUUUAUGAGCCAUACUUAGUGAGCCUUUUGUAGCAGGAAAAAAUCCGCCAUUUCUAGCUCUGCAUUUCAUAGCCAACCUUUAUAACCCAACCAGAAGCUGAAAAUAAGUAUGAUUUUAAAUUUAAUAUACCAUUUUAGUUUAUUUUUAAUAUUUCCAUAUGCAAACAGUGGUUCCCAUUGGAUGAGGUGUUGUUUUCCUGCCUGUAUUUUCAUACACAUCAGCCAGCGGUGCCAUCUCAUUGCCUUUACAUCAUAAAAACAAGUCCAUGUUAACAAACAAGUUGACAGCAUUUUGACAUUUCUGCCUGUUUUCUACCUGUUAUAUUUUUCAACUGUAUUGCAAAUGAAUAAAAGAUUGUUUAUCUCUU